AUGAAACGCCCCAAGUCGCGGACGAUUGUCAUCAAGCUGGGUACGUCGAUGGCAACGGCUGACUAUCCGUCGGCGCCCUGCGUCGUCUUCUCCGCUGACGAAAACACAGGGACAAGCUCCAUCGUCGAUGAGAAGACGCACGAACCCCUGCUGCCCAUCCUCACGCUCAUCGUCGAUACUGCCACCAAGCUCAGGAAGGAUGGCCACAGGGUCGUCAUCGUCUCCUCGGGAGCCAUCGGCGUCGGACUCCGUCGCAUGGACGUCGACAAGAGACCCAAGCAUCUGGCUCAGUUGCAGGAAAGCACCUCCCAGCAGGCCCGCCUGUGGGACAGUCUAUUUGCCCACUAUGCCCAGCCGGUGGCCCAGGUUCUCUUGACGAGGAAUGACAUCGGCGACCGGACGAGGUACCUCAACGCGCAGAAUACCUUUUCCCAACUGAUGGACAUGGGCGUCAUUCCCAUCGUGAACGAAAAUGACACGCUGGCUGUGUCGGAAAUCAAAUUCGGUGACAACGAUACCCUCUCGGCCAUCACGGCGGCCAUGAUCCGCGCCGAUAUGCUCUUCCUCAUGACGGACGUCGACUGCCUGUACGACAAGAACCCGCGCACCAAUCCCGACGCAAAACCGAUCGAGAUUGUGGAGGACAUUGCUGAACUGGAGGCCGAUGUCUCCAGCGCAGGCUCUGCUUUGGGAACCGGCGGCAUGAGCACAAAGAUUGUCGCUGCGAGGCUUGGGUCCUUGGCCGGCGUCACGACCAUCAUCACCCGCUCGUCGAGUCCCGGCAACAUCCUCAGCAUAAUCCGCCACCUCACAAAGUCCCCACCUACGAGCAAGGCCCCGUCCGAGAGCGGCUACGACGAGUCCGAUCCGCCCAUGCAGAAGAGCCUGUCUCUUCUGAGCCUCGCGGACGCGUCUGUGCACGGCGAUGAUGUCUCAACUCCGCCGCUUCACACCCGCUUUCUUCCGUCAAGCGAACCAAUCCAAGACCGCUACUUCUGGCUUCUUCACACCCCCAACCCGCAUGGCACCAUCUACAUCGACGCCGGCUGCCACAGGGCCCUGCAGGAAAAGGCCGGGUUGUUGCCCGUCGGCAUCGUCGAUGUCGAAGGCCAUUUCUCGCAGUCGGAGGUUGUCCGCUUGGUUGCCGUCGAACGGCGCAUACGCAGCUUCGCCGCCGAGGGCAAGCGCUGGGAAGGCAUGGCCCAAGAAGUCGGCCGCUGCUUGGUCAACUACGCCGCGGCAGAGAUCACCAUGAUUAUGGGUCGUAAGAGUGUCGACAUUGAGGGCAUCCUCGGCUACGCCGAUAGCGAGUACGUCGCCGAUCGUUCCAACGUCGCCUUCUUCAUACGGGAAAGCCGGCCGGUGACACCUCUGCCGGAGAUGCUCGGGGUUUGA